AUGGACGCAAUUCAAAAGUUCAUUGAUGGUCGCAUUGACUUCCACGGCCAACGCCUGAGCGACCGCAUAAUGCAAGAAGGCCUCGUCUUCUCUGCGACGGUCGCGUUCCUCCUCGGUUACUUUACCCAAAACAUGCAGCUGUGCAUGCUCACGUUCGGCGCGUGUACUGUCGUUGUCGCUCUGGUAACCGUCCCGGCAUGGCCAAUCUAUAAAAAGUACCAUGUCGAGUGGUUGCCUCCUUCGUCUUCUGACUCUUCCUCACAAUCGCCUGCAGACAGCAAAUGA